UCUCUCUCUGGUCUAAUAUGACUCGUUUGGGUUCUGGAGGCCAUUCAUUCGCUUAUCAUCAGUUGUGCUUGAUUCUAAGCUCUUUUUCUUGGGCCCCUGAAAUCGAAAUCUAAAACCCUAAAAAACGAGACAAAAAACUUGCAGAUGAUAUCUUUUCUUUCUUAGUUAUGGAGUUUGAUUCCUUGACGAUCACAGCUCCACAAAAGCGGCAACAGCAGCAGCAGCAGCAGCAGCAGCUCUCCAUGUGCUACCUCCGGGGAUUGUUUCACCAGGUCAAAGCAUUCCAAUUUUUCCUGGUUCUGUCAUGUACCAUUUUUUGCCUUGCUACAUGUGGACCAUGCUUGAUGGAUGGGAUGCAGAAAUCCAAGAAGCAUGAUGGUUGUGGGGCCUAUGGAGAUGAUCAUGAUUUGGGGUUUCAAGAUAUUAUUGUUGCUGAUGCUAGUUCAGGCUACGAUACUGGAAGUCCAGUGACUCGCAUGAAUAUCAAGAAUAUUUGCACCAAUUCCCAUUCUUUCUGCUUUCCUUCAACGUUGCAUGGUCUUCCAUCUUAUGAGCAAGAGUACAAAGCUGAUGCUUUAGAAUUUUCUAGGAGUCACCCUGAUAGUCUUUCAUCUGUAGGACCAACUCAGGACAGCAAGGGGGCUAGUAACAGGAGCUGGUUUUCAGAUUCUGGUAUGUUUGAGUUAUCAAAUGGGCAGACUGUUUCUUGUUCUUUGAAUUCCAUCGAGGACAUCAAUCAAUUAUUGUGCGUGCAAAACAGUAGUGCUAAUCAAAAUGAUUUCUCUUCCUGUGGAGGUCCUUUAAUAAUUAAAAAGAGCGCAAGUCUUAGGCUGACAUCAAACUCUGAGGUGACAAAAUCUAGUCCCUUGCAUGUUUCUUCAUCACCCCAUGUAAAAAUUAGCCCUCCUGUUCUUGAUUGGGGACGCAAGCAUUUACAUUUUCCCUCUGUAGCUUUCUUAACAGUAGCUAAUACGUGUAACAACAGCCUUUUGUAUGUUUAUGAACCGUUUAGUACCAAUAUACAGUUCUAUCCCUGCAAUCAUAGCAAGUUUUUUUUAGGACCUGGUGAAGUAGCUUCAGUUUGUUUUGUGUUUUUACCAAGAUGGUUGGGCUUGUCCUCAGCUCAUUUGAUCUUGCAGACAAGCUCUGGUGGUUUUCUGGUCCAGGUUAAAGGCUAUGCUCUGGAAUCACCUUACAAGAUUAGUCCUGUUAUAAAAGUGGAUGCUGCUUCUAGCGGACGGUUGAUUAGGAAUUUGUCUUUGUUUAAUCCUUACAAUGAAAACCUCCAUGUCAGGGAAAUAAGUGCAUGGAUUUUGGUUUCUCAAGGAAAUAUUUCCCAUCACACUGAAGCAAUCUGUAGCAUAGGAAAUUAUCAAGAUUCUGACAGGCUGAGCCUGAGUGUUAAGGAUUGGUUGGUUGUGAAGAGUGGCCAGGUUGAUUUUCCAUUGAUGGCUAUGAGACCUCAUGAAGAUUGGGAGAUUGGUCCUUAUGGCAGUGGAACUGUACUAGAGAUUGACUUCUCAUUUGAAUCUGAGGCACAAUUUGUUGGUUCUUUUUGUAUGCAGUUACUGAGGUCUUCUCAAGAUAAACCUGAUACCGUUUUGGUUCCUCUUGAAAUUAAUGUGGAUGGAAAAGUGGCGUAUCAGGACUUUGCAAGUUCAGUUUCAGUUUCUCUUGAGGCUUUGGUGUCAUGUGAUGCUAGCAACACUUUUGUUGCUAUCUCUUUGAGAAAUGGAGCUCCUGAUGUUUUGACUUUUGUCAAGAUUAGAGAGGUUGCAGCAGAAAAUGUUUUCCAGUUCAAGUACAUUCAAGGGUUGCUACUAUUCCCGGGCACUGUUACACAAGUUGCUACGAUUACUUGCACUCAGCUGCUUGUUGAAUUACAUGACUCUCCAACUGAACUAUCCAAUAUUUAUAAGAACUGCAAAUUAGUUGUCCUAACAAACGACUCUAGUAGGCCUCAAAUUGAAAUUCCUUGCCAGAACGUAAUCCAUAUUUGUUCAAGACAUCAAAAGGAUUCCUCCAUUGGAAUUGGUCAUCAAUCUGAAAAGGCAGACUCUGGCAAUAAGUGGUCAGGAUCGUUGGACAGUAGCACGAAGUUGCCAUCAAAGAUCAUGGAAUUGGAGAAUGUAGAAGCAGAUGAAUUUGUUCUGGAAAACUGGAAAUCUCAAGGUAUCACAAGCAGCAUGUCUGUGCUUGAUGAUCAUGAAGUACUUUUCCCAAUGGUUCAGGUUGGAACUCAACAUUCUAAGUGGAUCACUGUAAAGAAUCCUAGUGAGCUGCCAGUUGUAAUGCAGCUCAUUCUUAACUCAGGAGAAAUUGUUGAUGAAUGCAAGGGUACUGAUGGUUUUAUACAGUCCUUUUCAUUAAGUAGUUUGGCUCAUAGUGAAUUCAAGACAACUAGGUAUGGGUUCUCAAUGCCAGAGGAUGCACAAACAAUUGCCUAUGUUCAUCCUUAUGGGACAGCAUCUUUUGGCCCAAUUUUCUUUCAUCCUUCAAGUAGAUGUGGGUGGACAAGUUCUGCCCUGAUAAGGAACAAUCUUUCUGGCGUUGAGUGGUUAUCCUUGAGAGGAGUUGGAGCUUCGCUUUCCCUUGUCCUGCUUGAUGGGUCUGAGCCUAUUCAGAGCAUAGAAUUUAAUUUCAACUUGUCAUUUCCCCUAAAUUUCUCUUCUCCAGACCUGUUAUUUCACAUGGAAGAGACCACUUAUGCUUGUUCUCGGCCACUGUCAAAAGAGCUGUAUGCCCAAAAUAUAGGAGACUUGCCUUUUGAGGUGAAACGCAUUGAAAUUUCUGGAACAGUGUGUGGGUUGGAUGGGUUUGUGGUUCAUAAUUGCAAUGGUUUUUCACUUGAACCAGGUGAGUCUACAAAACUUUUGAUAUCAUACCAGUCUGAUUUUUAUGCACCAAUUUUACAAAGAGAUCUUAAACUGGCCUUGGCUAGUGGAAUUUUUGUGAUACCAAUGAGGGCAAGUCUUCCUGUAUACAUGUUCAAUCUUUGUAAGAAAUCAGUAUUUUGGAUGCGAUUGAAGAAAUUCUCUGCAGUGGUGUUUCUUUCUACUUCUUUGAUGUUCCUGAUCUGUUGUUGCAUAUUCCCCCAAUUGAUGAAUUUUGGCUCCCAUGAUUACUGGUAUAAGAGUGACAGAAGUUCCCAUACUACAGUGAGAGAUCCAGGAAAAUCUGCUCGCCAGGAUCUUAACCAGAAAAGCAGAAAGUUAUCUAUGUCCCCCGAGACGGAUGGCUUGCUAAGCUCAGUGGAAGGCAAAACCUCAAAGCAGGCAUCUGGUUAUAAUUAUCCAGAUAGUCAACUUAGAGGCCCAGACCAUGAGAUAACCGUCGAGAAUGGGAUACCGACUGCAGAAAAUCAUAAAGCAUUGCCAUCUUUGCUUUCAAAAUCUGUUGUAAUUGGGAGUCCUAAUGCAGUUGAAGCUUCCCAACCUUGUAACCUUCAUGUCAGGACUGGAAAAGAGAAAGGAAGAAGGCGAAGGAAGAGAAAGGGUGUUGCUGCAGGUUUAGCUGGACUUUUUGAAGUUUCAAGUAGUCAAAGUGGGAAUUCUACACCUUCCUCCCCUCUGUCUCCUGUAACCAAUGUCACUCCCAAUCGUACUUUAUCACCACCUCCUGACAUGGAAUCUAUUGAGGCUAGAAAUCCAUUCUCUCAAGUGGCUGACCAGCAGUGUAAGAAGGUUCAGGCAGCUGUAUCCAUUUCCAAGGCAUCUGUAUUGGAGCCCAAGGUUUCUUUAAACUGCUGCACUAGUAAUCGUUUCUCUGCUACCACAGAACAACUUUCAGUGCCAAGAAAAACCACUGGAAAACCUGUUCUGUUGCCUUCAGCCACUUUUCCUUCUGGUAGUAGGACUGUCCCCAAUCUGUUGUACCCUUCUUCUCCAGCUUCAAAAUCUGCAAUUGCUCCUCAUGCUCGAGCUCCUGGACCCAAACUUUAUAAGCAGAAAGAGGUAGAAGAAAAGGUAGGGGAUGAAUAUACAUAUGACAUCUGGGGUGACCAUUUUUCUGGACUCCAUUUAAUAGGUAGUUCAAAGGAUGUUACAACCAUGAAAACCAUAACAGAAAACAAUUCCAAUAGCUUCUUUGUAAGGGGUCCACAAGCCCUUGUGAUGAAGUAUCCUCCAAAAUCUGUGAAUUUCUUUCAAGAUGAGGGGUACCCAGUUGCUUUACAUCCCAAGACAAGGAUGUCUCUUGAGUUCCCUCUUGCAAUCAAUGUAAUCGUGAUUGCAGUGCCACAUGCAUCCUCUUAAAAUCAAAUUUCAUUCACUUUUAAUUGCUCUCUGUUCUAUUGUAUUAGAGGGAGUAAAGGAAAUUUUGGGAAGGUUCAAAUGCUACGAGAACACAACAUUGAAAUGUGAAUUCAUGCAAGUCACAGGGUCAAGCAUAUGGUUUUGAGAUGUUACCACCAAUGUUUAGACCUUGGAUAAAAAUGCCUGUAAUGAUUUUAGGCAUUGAACUUGAAUGACAAGUAUUGAGUUUAUUUUAUGGUGUAUGAUAUAACUACUCUGGAGCUGCUAAUGCUUCUGGUUCUAAUCUAGUACAGAUAUUCUUGGAACA